AGAUAAAAGGCCCUCCCUUUUCAGUUCCCUUCUCUCAACUGUCUCUCCGUGUACAACUCGCGUGCCCCAGGAGUAAGAGAGAGAGAAACCUAAGAGAAACAGGAAUCAGAAUAACACAGAGAGAGAGAGAGUCUCUUUUUUAUUUCACUUCUAUAUAUUCAAUUAUCGAUUAUCAAAAUAACGCGUUGCUCUAUUAAGUCUUAACCCCUCUCGCCACUAAAACUCUCUCCAUCGUUUUUUUUUUUUUUGGCGUCGACUUUGUGAUCUUCUUCUUUUUUAAAAUCAAAUCUCCAAUCUUUGAGGAUCUGGUUCACCAUACCAUCCAAACGCUGCGUUUUGGGGGAUUUCGAUUUCGAUUUUCUAAGAAGAAAAAGAGAUAGGAAAAUUAAAUAAAAUUAUUUUUAAUUUUUUGGGGUUUUCGGAGGAAGUUGUUUAAGGUUGAUACUUGAUAUAAGCGUGAUUUAACGAGAGACUGUAAUUGAAGAAGUUUUUAUUGUUUGAUUUUCGGGUGAUGAAUGAUGUUGACCUCGUUGGUUUGGUCGUGAAGUAAUAUGGAAGUAGUUGUUACACACAAAUACGAUGACGCUUUACAUUGGUCGCGAAGCUUCAAAGUUGUGGAAAAGAGUUUGUGCAGAGGUAACAGCAGAGAUCACCCUUCUUUCCGAGAACUGGAAAUACCUACUUGCCGGUCUUAUUUUUCAGUGUUGAGAGGAUGGAUCAUGUCCUCCUUGUUCUCUAUAAAGACAAUAAAGGAAGUGAAAGAACCGUACAUACAUGGUCUAGCUGCUCGAGGAGUUCAUUAUCUACAUCGGCCAGGACCAUUACUUCAGGAUGUUGGGUUUCUUCUUCUUCCGGAGCUUGGGAUAGACAAAGCUUAUAUCAGUGAGACUUUAUUCACCCUCAUUUUUAUAUCUUUUUUCUUGUGGACUUUCCAUCCGUUUAUUUUGAAGAGCAAAAGGAUCUAUACAGUUUUAGUUUGGUGCAGGGUUCUAGCAUUUUUAGUUGCUUCUCAAUUUCUACGGAUCUUCACAUUCUAUUCUACCCAACUUCCUGGUCCAAACUAUCAUUGUCGUGAGGGUUCAAAACUUGCCACACUGCCUCGUCCUGAAAGUGCACUUGAAGUCCUAUUGAUUAAUUUUCCUCGGGGGAUAGUGUAUGGUUGUGGUGAUUUGAUUUUUUCAUCACACAUGAUUUUUACUCUAGUCUUUGUGCGCACAUACCAGAAAUAUGGCACACGAAGGUUUAUAAAACAGUUUGCUUGGUUACUUGCUGUGAUCCAGAGUUUCUUGAUCGUAGCAUCCCGCAAACAUUACACGGUUGAUGUCGUUGUUGCAUGGUAUACCGUUAAUUUGGUUGUGUUCUUUAUAGACAAGAAAUUGCCAGAAAUGCCUGAUCGGACAAGUGGAGCAUCAUUAAUGUUACCCUUGACUUCUAAAGACAAGGAUAGCAGGAACAAAGAGGAGAAUCACAAGCUCUUGAAUGGGAACUCAGGAGACCCUACAGAUCGGAGGCAGAGAACUCAAGUCAACGGCAAGAAUCUGGAAGAUGGCAACACAGGCCAUCCUGACAAUGCAAUGAAUGGUGUAUAGAUAAUAGAAGCUGAUGCUGCUGCAGCAACGGGAGCUGCAACAAUGAUUGCUGGUUAGGUCUUCAUGCAUUUUAGAGGGUUGAGUGGAUUGUAUGGUGGGUUGUCGUUCCGGUGUUACCGGUAACCUAAUUUGUUCCAGUGGAAAAGGAAUUUGUCUUAUGCUUAAUUAAAUUUUGCGGUCCUGCUCCUUUAAUGUCAUGGUAAACAUAAUUUAAUAUCAGCAUCAGCUUGUACCUUCUUUUAUGUCAUGGUUAAAAAUUUUCUAUCAGCAUCAGCUUGUACCUUCGAAUUUUCCAUGUUUCCUAUUAAUAUAUUUAAUUUUCUAUCAUUCUAAUUU